CGUCGGACGUGUUUUGAAGCAAAGCCUUGAAGACAGCGGAAAUCAGUGGUCUGAAUAUUCGACAGGGCGAUAAACGUUAUUCGGCUCAGUUCCAGACGUCAAGGGGAAACGAACUAGUCUUAAAAAAUUGCAAAUCCUUGAUAUCACACAUUGGAUUUAGAAGGAUAUUUCACAUUAAGAGACCACAACCUGGCACUACACUCUACACUCUCGGCUUAAAACUUCAAAGCUUCUAUUACUAGGCCGCAAGUAAGGCAGAACAUCCAGCCCUGCUUCAGCUCCAUCCAGUAUAUUCUUCAUCAUAUUUUUAAGCCACUACACUGCUAAAAUUUGUUUAGAAAUACAUGUAUUGCCAAUCUUAGAGUGCUGCAGUAAGACGUGGUAAUACUUGAAACAAGAGCCACUAAUCGACCGAUUUUAUUCAGGGAGAGAGAAUGGCUGGUGGAAGGGAGAUGGUGUGCAAACAAGUCAGCUGUUUGCUUGUGUCCGUGUUUGUUCUACUGCUCAAACAGACGGGAGAAUGUGCGGCGAAUCUCGAGGUGAAGUUUGCUGGUUCAUGUGACUUCGAGACGGAUGAUCUAUGCGGGUACGUCCAGGGGGAUAGAGAUGAUUUCAACUGGAAGAGGAGAACAGGGCCCACCCCAUCGAGGGAGACGGGACCAACUUAUGACCACACCCUUGGCGAAAAUGGCACAGGUCACUACGCCUACAUAGAAGGGACGGGUGUCCACGCCUGGAACGCAGCCCACCUGAUCAGCCCCUCCCUUGCACCCCUUCCCCGGUACUGUGCUACCUUUUUCUUCCACAUGUUUGGGGAGGAUACCGGGGAGUUGAGCCUUCGAGUCCUGGAUGAUUCCCAACCAGAGCAACUCUCUGCAGAGCUUUGGACCAUGCUGUGGGAGCAGGGUGAUCAAUGGUUCAAUGCGAGCGUCGAUGUGGAGUGUGCACGGGGAUGCAAGCUAUCAUUUGAAGCUAAACCUGGCAAUGGUUACUGGUCUGAUAUAGCUAUCGAUGAUAUCACAGUCGUCAAUGGCAGCUGCUUUCCAGAAGGAGAUCAUUCGACCCUCAGACCUAGCACGACGUUCAUCGGUACAUCUACCGAAGAAACUUCCACUUUGCACCCCUCCACGGUGGCAGGCACGCACCCCUCCCCGCAUUCAACACUCGAUUAUCAGAUCAUUGAAUACAAGUACGACGAGCGAUUCAUCACCAUCAUCUUGGCCGUUGGGUUGACAUUCUGGACUGCUGUAUUCAUCAUCAUCUUCAUCAUCUUCUGUUACUGUGACAAAAGACGAAAUGGCGGCAGAUCACAUGGAUUGCAUUAUGACGUCACAAUGGACCCACAGCAUCCUGAGAAGCAGAGUGCUAGCAUGACGACGUAUGUGGAGAUCGAUGAACAGGAACGGGAGCACGUCGAGAUGGUGGACGGUGUGGACGAUGAUAUCGUGAAGUUAAAAGCAGGGAGAUCGGAGACAGGUUGUUCGGAUGAGAGUUCGUUGGAUUCUGAGAGGUACAGUGUUCCCAUCAUCACCACGCCCAAACCGCCGCGAGGUCCAUCGCCGUGUGGGUACAUGAGCCUACAGCUCGAUAGCUUGAACAAUAACGGCAAUAACGAAUACCAGCCGCUAAGCCCUUUCGAUUUGACAGAAGUUACAGCAUAGCAUAUUGGACUUAUUGACUACAAAAUCAUUAAAGAUAACUCAUAGACAUUUAUCAUAUAAUCGAUGUAAAUAUGCCGUGAUGAGGAUUGAAUUUGGUGGUAAAAGACUGUCAAAAAUUUAUAUAUAUUUAUUGAUUUCAAUAUAGAAGUACUUCAUAGUUCACAGUAACCGUCACGCGUUUUUCCGUUAUCACCGAGAGUAUUGAUUUGAUAUCAUCGACCGUGCGGAGUACAUGAGUGACUGUGAGCGGUCAGCUAAGAACAUUAUUCAUGAAAAGAGAAGGAGGAGGAUUUCAUGUAUCAUGAAGUUUCGAGACGUCAUGUAAGUCAGUAGUCUGGCAUCAAGACAAGAAGUUUACACCAAUCAUAUCCAGAGCUCUUAUAUCCUUGGAAACAAUACGUGAUAUUAACAUUUUUUAUCCGGAACCUUCACCUUAGUAUUUGCACAAUUUUUGAACUUCUGUAAACAGGUACAAAUAUGGAUGAGCAAAAGUACCUAUUUUUUGCUAGGAAGGAAAAUUAUGCCGAAUAUGUAAGAGAUCAUUGUUUCAAAAGACAUUGGGUUUAGAUAUUGUAUUUCUUGAUUGCCGAUCGCCUUAUUUCAGAAUAUUGGGAAGAUUCAACAAACUAUAUCUCGAGUAUAUUUAUGUGCUUGUAAGCUUCAAGUUCAAUUACUCAUCGAGUAACAUUUCCUUGCCCGAAAUAAACUUUUUAGAGCGGAAAUAAUUGCCAAAACAGAGAGCGAAUAAAAUAUGUAACAAAUGCAAUCACAGGCUUCCCUGUCUGCUUUGUUGGAGAAGAAACCAUUUCCCGCUUGAUUUCCCCGAUCUGAAAAACACCGAGGAUGAUUUAUUUUGAUGAGUUAAUGGCACAGAAAGAACAACAAGUUUCUUAUCAUAACAGGAAAACCAAAGUGAAGGCCGUCUAUUCUUCUUUUCUCUCGGGUGGAAUGCAAUUCUAUUUCUGGCCUGCCAGGUUCCUCCAAAUAUCAGGGUUCACACGUCUGCGAUUAUUAUUAUUUUCGUGAAGGGAGGUGCGUUUUUUUCUUUAGCCUCCCCCACCCCCCUAAAAAGGGUACCUGAUAUGAUGUUUAUAGAAGAACUUCGGAAUCAAUGACAGAAUGAAAAAUAGGUAUACCCUUGAACUCCACAAUAAACGAUUUCCACUUGGUAUAUCUGCGCAUAUUUUAGACAUAUUUUAUUUAUUAGAGAGAAAUACACCUACACAUUUAUAUAUACUUCAAGCACCCAUCCGACUUGCUUUAGUUUUCAUGAGUUUAGUUUCAUCUUUUUUACCAUCAAAAGUCGAUGGCUUCCCGGAUUUGAGGAAAAAGUCAUCAGUUUUUUUUCUAAAUCUCAAGACUUUGUAACUUAUUUGAUGUGAUGUCAAAAUAUAUGCCAAGACUUUGUAUUUUUGUAUCCAAUUAGAAAAAUGCUACACUAUUUCUCUGAUGUUUGCAUCAAGUGUUCGUAUCAGAAACAAAUUCUUUAUUUUGUGUGUGUGUGUGUGUGUGUGUGUGUGUUUUUCAAACAGCCUAUCAAAUCAGUUAUUCGGUAAAUCUGUAAUCAGUCACUGCUACACAUUAACCAAUCAAAAGCACUCUCUCGUAUAAUACAGAAUUAGACAUCGCUCAACAACCAAUCAAAUUAAGUCUAUCAGAUAGCUUUGUAAAUAUCUGAUCAAGUUCACCGUUUUUGUUGGUUGUUUUGUGGGGGCAAAAUAUACGAUAACCGAUUUGGAAAUGAUAUGAAAUGUGAUAUUCUUAAUCCUUUUUUUUUAAUUGAAAAAAGUUGACUCUUCCGAUGAGAAUAUUAUCAAACACAAAAAUUCAGGGAUUUGUUGAGUGAUUUCAUAUUCAUUUAGUCUCGAAAAGUUGUAGGAAUAAUGAUCUUAAUUUUGUGUUUAUGUGAAUUGAUUGAAUUUGAUAUGAUUGUGAAUAUUUGACAUAAAAACCUUGCCAAAUGAAAUUUUGUAUUACAGUUCCUUUUCGAAUGUGUUAUACAAUUGUGCAAUUAAUAUAUAAUGGAAAUAUGUAUUUCAUUUACAAAUGGCUUUAAAAGAGACUGCACCAGAUAUAAAACGCAUUCAAACAUGAAUUUCAAAGAUAUCAUAAGAGUUUAUUUCAUUAAAAUCAAGCUGCGAUUUCUGUACUGAUCCAUUUCUAUAGCAAAAAUAGUCAUGUUAUAUGAAAUUGGUUGUAAUAAUUCAAAAUAUAACUAUUCAUACAUAUUAGUAUCAUUCAUAAUAAAAGUUUUGUCUCCUAUAUGCCUCUAUAUCAUCUAAGAAUGUAUUUGAAUACAUUGGCUUCUUGCAUUUAAACUACAUGAAUACACAGGAAAAGUGAUGCUAAUACUGCUCCAUCUAAACACUAUAAUUAUAAAAAUGUAAUGCUUCAAAUCUCACGAUUCAUCAGAUAUCAUGAAUAAAAAUUGAUUGUUUGUAUAUUUCAAAGUA